UGAGGAAGCACCAUCUCCAGCAAUUCCUAACCCCCUUCCUAUCUCCACUUCAAAAAGGCAGAACCAGGAGAGGAAACGGAAAGAGCGGGUGCACAUUCUCACUCGAGCUGUCGUCACUCUUUGAUUUUGACUCAGAACGGUUGGUUUUCACUGUCUUCCUGAGAUGAGUGUACUCUAAAAAAGAAAAUUCUGGGCUUGAAGUUCCAUUCUAUUGUUUGUAACCGGACAGAUUCUAAAGGGUAUUGAGAGAUGUCGGCAGCCGUAUUGUGGGUCGUGACUCCAGUCGGUAAGGAGAGGACUGUCAUCCAGUUUCUGGAUGGAAGGAAGAGAUGCUUGAGAUUCUCAAGUGGCUUCUCUGUUGUGUCGAGCAUGGUAGCGAACCCAUCGGGCAGUGCUGUGUUCCCUACUUCAGAGCAGAAGGUCUAUGAAGUUGUGUUGAAGCAGGCUGCUUUGAUUAAGGAGCAGAAGAGCGCAGACAGGUUUCUUGAUGCUAAGAUUGAAGGCAUGCCUUCGGACCUGCCACUGCUGGAUGAAGCUUAUGACAGGUGUGGUGAGGUUUGUGCAGAGUAUGCAAAGACCUUUUACUUGGGAACCCUGUUGAUGACACCGGAAAGGCAGAGAGCUGUGUGGGCAAUCUAUGUGUGGUGCAGGAGAACUGAUGAACUGGUGGAUGGACCAAAUGCUUCGCAUAUAACACCUACUGCUCUCGAUAGAUGGGAGAGAAGGCUAAAUGAUCUGUUUAUGGGUCGUCCAUAUGACAUGUAUGACGCUGCUUUAGCAGAUACAGUCUUGAAAUUCCCGGUGGAUAUCCAGCCAUUCAAAGAUAUGAUUGAAGGGAUGAGAAUGGAUUUGAGCAAAUCAAGAUACAUGAAUUUUGAUGAACUGUAUCUCUAUUGCUAUUAUGUGGCUGGAACAGUUGGCCUCAUGAGCGUCCCAGUAAUGGGGAUUGCACCAGAUUCCAAGGCCACAACUGAGUCUGUCUACAAUGCUGCACUAGCACUUGGGAUCGCAAACCAACUCACCAACAUACUCCGAGAUGUUGGAGAAGAUGCUAGAAGAGGAAGAAUAUACCUUCCGCAAGAUGAGCUUGCAUGUGCUGGGUUGUCUGAUGAUGACAUCUUUGCUGGAAAAGUAACAGACAAAUGGAGAAAUUUUAUGAAGGAUCAGAUUAAAAGAGCAAGAUUAUUCUUUGAUGAAGCAGAAAAGGGAGUUACAGAGCUAAACCCUGCUAGUCGAUGGCCGGUCUGGGCAUCAUUAGUAUUGUACAGGCAAAUUUUAGACUCUAUUGAAGCCAACGACUACAAUAACUUCACAAAAAGAGCGUACGUGAGCAAGGCUAAAAAGUUCUUAUCACUGCCCAUUGCCUAUGCUAGAUCUUUGGUUGGACCUGCUAAAGCUCCGGGCAUAUUAAGAACAUGAUUUCAUUCUUAUUAAUUCUUAUUAAUUUUAGGUUCAACGCAGUAAGAUGUAUUUGUAAGCUCUUAAUUCUUUUCCAUAAAAAAAUGACUUCCCAGCUGUAAGUUCUUAUUUUUCCCAAGCAAAAGAAAAAAAGUUCUCUCUCUCUCUCUCUCUCUCUCUCUCUCUCUCUCUCUCUCUCUCUCUCUCUCUGUGUUUGUGUAUGGAGAGAGAGGAGAAAGAGAGACAGAGAGACCGGGGGGUUGUGGGGUGGGGGCUAGCAUUUGUCAUU